GCCUGCGCGCCGCACUUCCCCUCGCCGGGGGCGGCCGGCACCGCGCGGGAGCCGGAGCCAGCCUCUCCGCCAGCACCGCGGCGGGGUCGCCGCCACCCACGCGCUGAUGGAGAAGCCGAAGCUUAGCAAGAUUAAGUAGCUUGCCAAAGGCCACGGUUAAUAAGAGGAUGGCUGUUCCAUAAGAUCAAGACUGAGUCCCCUCCCUUCUCCCACUUUACCAAUGCCUGGUCUCAUGGGGUUAGUUUUGAGCCCAACACUAUGGCAUCAUCAACCUCCUCAGCUCCUCGCUCCCGGUCCAGGAAGCCUCUGGGCAAGAUGGCUGACUGGUUCAGGCAGGCCCUGUCGAAGAAGCCCAAGAAGAUACUGGAAUCCUCAGACGGCCCCUCCAGUGACGUCUCACAGCCGAGCUCCCAGGACCACCCCCCACGCCUGGGCCUCAGCUCAACCUCGUCUCCAACACACGUGGUCGCCAGCAGCAGCGGCCGCUGGAGCAAGGACUACGAUGUCUGUGUGUGCCACAGCGAGGAGGACCUGGCAGCCGCCCAGGAGCUGGUCUCCUACCUGGAAGGCAGCACCGCCAGCCUGCGCUGCUUCCUGCAGCUGCGGGAUGCAACCCCAGGCGGCGCCAUCGUGUCCGAGCUGUGCCAGGCACUGAGCAACAGUCACUGCCGCGUGCUGCUCAUCACCCCAGGCUUCCUGCAGGACCCGUGGUGCAAGUACCAGAUGCUGCAGGCCCUGAGUGAGGCUCCCGGGGCGGAGGGCCGCACCAUCCCCCUGAUGUCAGGCCUCGCCAGAGCCGCCUACCCCGCUGAGCUCCGGUUCAUGUACUUCGUGGACGGCCGGGGCCCCGACGGUGGCUUUCGCCAAGUCAAGGAAGCUGUCAUGCGUUGUAAGCUAUUAGGGAUCUGCAGACCAUCAGCUGACACUUCUAUCACCACGGGACCCAGAAAGUUGGAGCAAAGCCGGAAAUCGAGUUAGAGAGCCCAGGGUCUCACAGGGUCUUGGAUUCCGGCAGCUGUGACGAGGUGUAAGGCACCAGUCUGUGGCACUUUGUAUGUGAUCCUGGGCUCAGAUUGCCCAUCAGGCACCCAUUACCGGGGACUCCCCCACGAAGGCCAUGGGGAAGCUGGGGACUCCCCCUGAGGAAGGCAUGAGGAAACUGGGGACUCCCCAGGAAGGCCAUGGGGAAGCCAGAAAUUGUAGGUGGUGGGAGGUGCUGAUACCACGAUGAUCACCAGUGUUUUGCCUCCGGCCCAACUGGACACAUGAAGCCCCGGCACAUGCCUACAUCUUCCCCUGGAAAGGUCACUAACCUGAUUCAUGGGCUAGAAGCCUACACCGCAUGCUUCAGAGGGGAUGGUGUCCCCAGUUGCCUGGCAUCAGGAGAAAGCAACAGGUACCGAUCCUUCACACUCACACUACUGCCCUUCUCUUUCCCAGGGACGUUGUUCACUUCAGAAAUCUACACGAAAGAUGCAUUCAGCGCUGUCCUGAAUUUUUAUUGCACGUGUCAUUAAGACACAUCUAGAAACCAUUCUGAAUAGACAGGAGGUGGCAGGGAGCAGCAGGGGUGGAGGCAAGGAGAAGCUCAGACCCUGCACCUGGGUCAGAAGCCCACCCACCGAUGCUCUGACUCAUGGGGGCCUCAUCAAAGGUCUGACUAGAAGCCAAGCUUUUACAAGCUUCUUAACAUCUGCACUGAGAGAGAUGAGCUGUCUUCUUCUGGCAGAUGACUGUGGGCCUUGUAGGACAAGGUUUCAUUCACCUGUUCUCAAUAAGUCUGUUGUUGAACCGAAAUGAAUUUCGAAUACAUCCCCUGAUGUGUACUUUUGUGCCACUUCUCUCACUUC